AUUCGACUUAACAACCAAAGCUGACCUGCCUCUGAAAGCUUCAACUCCUCUGCUUCGAUCAACUCCAACUACCUACAUCAUGGUGUCACUGGGACGACAGAUGCUGGGCUUUGUCCUGGCCAUCAUCGGCUUCCUGGGGACCAUCAUUGUUUGCGCCCUGCCGAUGUGGAAAGUCACGGCCUUCAUUGGAGCCAACAUUGUGACGGCGCAGGUCAUCUGGGAAGGCUUGUGGAUGAACUGUGUGAUGCAGAGCACAGGUCAGAUGCAGUGCAAGAUCUAUGAUUCUCUGCUGGCCCUGCCUCAGGACCUUCAGGCUGCCAGAGCUCUCGUGGUCAUCGCCAUCAUUGUCGCUGCUUUUGGGGUCAUCCUGGGCAUCGCUGGAGGAAAGUGCACCAACUUCGUGGAGGACAAACGUGCCAAAGCCAGAGUGGCCAUCGCUGCUGGGAUUGUCUUCAUCUGUGCUGGUGUUCUUGUUCUCAUCCCCGUGUGCUGGUCUGCCAACACCAUCAUCAGGGAUUUCUACAACCCCAUCCUGACCAACCCCCAGAGGAGAGAGCUGGGCGCGAUGGCUUCCAUGGGGAUGCAGAUGGCCGGCUGCGCCCUGGCCCUUUUUGGCUGGAUUGGGGUGCUCAUUGUCUGCGCUACACCCACAUGGCGGGUCACGGCCUUCAUCGGCAACAACAUAGUGACAUCGCAGACCGUGUGGGAGGGCAUCUGGAUGAGCUGCGUGGUUCAGAGUACGGGCCAGAUGCAGUGUAAGGUGUACGACUCCAUGUUGGCUUUGAGCACUGACCUCCAGGGGGCUCGUGCUCUGGUGGUGGUUUCCAUUAUCACAGGCAUCGCAGGGCUCCUCGUCGCCUUCGCUGGUGGAAAGUGCACCAACUUCAUUCCAGAGGAGAGGGCCAAGGCGAAGGCCUCCAUUGCAGCAGGGGUGAUACUGAUCAUCAGUGGAUUUCUCUGCCUCAUCCCUGUUUCCUGGACUGCCAGCAUCAUCAUAAGGAACUUCUACAACCCCGUGUUAGUAGACGCCCAGAAAAGAGAGCUGGGGGCUUCUCUUUACAUCGGCUGGGGGGCCGGGGGACUGCUGCUCUUGGGAGGGGCUCUUCUGUGUGCUAGCUGCCCUCCGAAGGAAGAUUAUGCCCCUUCUGUGAAAUAUCUCAUCAACAAACCUGAAGAGAACAGCAGAGUGGACUCAUUCCGAUCUUCCACACCAACAAAAACCUACAUUUGAGUUUUCCAAAGGGACUAAUUUACCUCUGGCUGAUGACUGUCUAUCUUUUAGCGUUUAUUGAGCUGCUGUGUAGCAUUAAGAAAAAGGACUUGCACACAGAAAACCGACAAUGAAGGAAAUCUGCACUUUGUACCUUAAGAUUUGUACUUUGAAUGAAGCUCUGUGUCUGAGAUUUCUUUACUCUUGUUAAUGAACAGGUAUAUGGGGAUAGUUUAAAUGAUAGAAGCUCUUUGUGGAACAGUGGUUGGUUUGAGUUGAAAAAAAAAGCUAUUGCACUAUUCAUCUUUUUGUCAUUUUAUAUUUGUGGUUUCAUUUUUUUCACAAUAAAUGAGCGUACCUAUCACGUGUUUCUCUCUGCCAAAGACACUUGUUUAUGUACUUGUUUAUGUAUUGUUUAUGUACUAAAAUGCACCAGUGGUUAUUUAAACCAAACACUGAGAGAACCUGUUUGUCAGGUACUUACCAGAGAUCACUAUGCAGGAAAACAAAAAGGGUGACUCAGGGACUUAGAAUCCUGUUGGUAAAGCAUGAGCUGUUUUUUAAAGUUUCACUCUGUAGUGUCAGAGUUUGCUACUUGAAUACUCUGCUUUAGUGGAAAUGAAUGAAUUAAAUAAUUUAAAAUGAUUAUUAAAGUGGCUAUAAAUGUGUCACAAAAGUUAAAA